AUGGCUGAUGUGCGCAUGCCACUACUUGAGGAAGGGGACACCCAACCAAUGACCCAAGCGCUGGCCGGAUUUCCCAAACUCCAUGCGCUCUACAUCGGCGUUUUCACAAUUUCACAAGGCUCGUUCUUACUUCAUUGGGGACUCCACGAGUCGGCUCGUCGGAAUAAUCCGCAUUACGAUCCUUGGGCAUCAGACUGUAUGCAAUGCCGCACUGAUGCUUUGCCCGAGGCACUUCGGCGGGCAGAGGCCGCUUCAAUGUCGCUGGCAAAGGCGGCACCUUCGUUGAAACACGUCGAAUGGCUGUCUUGGUUUGCGCCCAUGAAGGAGGGUACUCUGGCAUUUGACGUAACUCGAGACAAAUCCGCCGAUCUGAUUACUGUAAAUUCUGUUUUGUACAUGCUUUAG